AAAUCACUUGUGUCCAAACCCAAACUGUCACAAUUUUCCUUUUCAUUCCUGUCGAACAUCAUAAAUUUUAAGUGUAUGUGCGUGUAAAAAUUUUAAUCCUUUAAAACAAAAACCAUUAAAAUGUGCGCGGUAAAGACCACCGACGAACAAACUGGCACAAUUGCACAAGAAAUAUUAGAAAAAUUGAAUUUGGAGCAGGCAUUAAACGAAGCUGCAAAAGGUCCCAGCAAUAUGGCAGGAAACAAUCCGAAACAAUCUCUAAAGCCAAGUGUUGUUAAUCAAACUGUGGAUAAAUUCUGUAAGUGUCCUGUUGGACGCCCGCUGAGUGACAACGAAACAAAGAUGAAUGCGCAAAAGUUUGGUAAUGAUAGUAACUAUAACAAUGGGGCAAACACCUGUGGUUGCUCACAGAAACAACCAACGAAUUAUAAACAACCAGAACAAGGAUGUUGUGCGUGUGCUGGUUUACAACUUGUCAAACCUAAGAUAACUUCUUCAUCAGCGCAACCUUCAACCAAAACAGUCAAAUGUGAUGUAGGAACUGGUAACUUAUGUAGAUGUGGUCCAAGUGUACCAGACCAUAAUGAAAAAACAUCGCAAAUGAUUGCUCAGAAACAACAAGUUGCCGCAACAGCUGCAAAAAAGUCUGCGCCAAAAAUGGUUGAAGCUUGUACCUGUUGUGGUCCGGAUGCAGAAAAACAAUCUUUCAAGCAACAAACUGAUGAUUCCACUGCAAAUAUGAAAACUCCGUGCAAAUGUGGACGGGAGACUAAACAAACAGCAGCUCCACAACAUAUAUCAUGCAGUUGUGAACUGAUAUCAACCACUUCACUGCCAAUCAUUAAUCGGCCGAUGAUGGUUCCAGCAGCGACAGGAAAAUCAAAACAAGACUUGGAAACUUCACCGGAUAAAAUAAUUGAAGAAGUUCCGGAACCUAGUGUUGUAACAGAAUCAUAUUCUUCUCCAGAUUUGGGCAGUGAGAGCAAUUUUCCAACUUGCAAAUGUUCACAACAACAACAACAACAACAACAACAACCACAACCACAACCACAACCACAGCAGGUACAACAACAACAACAACAAGUACCAUCUCUUGUAUUUCCUGAAUGCGCCUGCGCACAAAAUAGUAGUAGCAAAAUGCAGGCAAAGACCGAGCCAAUCCCUGCAACACAACAACCACGACUAUGUUUGUGUAAGCAGAUUGCUGGUGGCAUUUUCUGUAUCCCAGGAUCCACAGCCUCAUUGCCUGAAACUUCAACAACUGAAACUAGAAAACAAAGCCAGGGUAACACAGGGACGGAUACUCAGGAUGAUUUAGUGGCGAGCACAGGAUACAACACUAACAAAUGUAGGAUUAUGCCAACUAUUAAUUACUUAACACAAUCUGCUAAUACAGAGUCACGACCUACGCAGAAAGAUGCGCGAUUGUCGGCCGUGUCUCGCUCACAAGAUUUGGAUACAUCACCUCCAAUGCAGUAUCAUUGCUCCCAGGCUAUUAAUCUUUCAUGGGUGACUACCAUUGGUGCAAAUAAGAAAGCUGUGUUGGUCAACUGUUUUACGAGCACGGGUAGAUUUCAAGGUCUGCGAGGUGGUAGUCCCACGCAAUGCAACUGUCCACCUGGUCAAUGCAAUGAAAAUUGCAGUAAAUUACAAGAACAGCGAUUAAAUCAAAUGAACAGUGCCCAGCCAAGUACGGCAAUAUAUUCUGUAGGGCCAACAACAAACCCAGCUUCCAUGGGGGGUUCAAUGGGUCCGCAAAGUCAACAAAUGCCACCAAAUAAUGCAGCAUUAGUAAAUCCGUGUGGUUGUGCAGCUCCGGAUUGUAGGCGGAAGGGUGCCGGAGGUGUUCCUUCAGGUGCACCCGGCACAGUUCCUGGAUCAACUUAUGGAACUGUUCCAGGAUCUGGACAAGGAACUGUGCUAGGAACUAUACCUGGAUCAGGCCCCGGAACCGUACCCGGUACCGUACCCGGAUCUAUGCCUGGCACAGCCCCCGGUACUGCUCCCGGAACUGUACCUGGAUCUAUGCCUGGUACUGCCCCUGGCACAGCCCCAGGAACUGUACCACAAAGUGCUCACACAAUGCAAUCGGGAGCACCCGGUGCAGGUGUAGCAGGACAAGAAGCGAUUACGUCAUCGUGUAUAUGUCCGACGACUACAACGUGCAAACCGAAAUGUGAAGAAAGAAAAGAAGCUGCUAGGAAAUAUGCACAACAAGUUGCAGGUGCACCGGUGGUGGAAACUCAACAAGAUCCUAGUCAAAUACAACCGGGGGUUGGCAGCCAACAACCUUCAGCUAUUGCAAGCCAACAGCAACCAGGAUCAAUGGGAAGUCAAAAACAACCAUCAGCCGUAGGAAGCCAACAACAACAACCAAGUAUAGGCAGCCAACCACAACAGCAGCAACCUUCAGCUGUCGGAAGUCAACAACUACCUCCAACCAUAGGAAGCCAACAACAGCAACCGAGUAUGGGAAGCCCACAACAACAACAACCUUCAGCUGUCGGAAGCCAACAACGGCAAUCUGGUAUGGGAAGUCAGCAACAACCUUCAGCCAUUGGUAGUCAGCCACGUUCAAGUCAACAACCAUCAGUGUUAGUUGGUCAACCAAUGCCAAUUGCAGGAGUACCAGAUCCAUGUUACUGUCCAGCAAAGUUUUGUCAUCCUGCAUGCAAAGACCCGACCUUGCAAGCAAUUGAUCCAAAAAAUUGUGAUGAUAAUGCUGGAGCAUACUGUGACCCCAAUCAACAACAGCAAAUGUAUAAUGCUCAACAACCGCCGAUGAAUAAUACCCUGUAUAUGCAGCAAAUGCCCCCUCAAAUGCCAGGUGGUUCAAUGGCUCCUACACAACAAUCAGUGACGGGGACCUCUUGUAUUUGUCCACCUACCGAUUGCAAACUUGCAUCCAUGCCAGGAUCUCAAUAUAACACUGCUCAAGGAACUGCACCAGGAUCUUUGUAUCAACAGCCAUUUCCCGGACCUGGGCAAGGACAAGGAGUAGCCAUGUCUAGUUUGCAAAAUCCCAACUGUGUUUGCGCUCCACCCGAUUGUCUAGAUCCAAAUUUACAAAAUGUUCCCGGAAGUAGGCCAAAUACAGCCCCUGGAAGCAUGCCAGGCACUGUCCCGGGAACUAUGCCAGGAACUAUGAUUGGUUCAAGACAAGCUUUACAAAGUAUUCCAGCACAGUGUGUUAACACUGGAGGUGUAUGUGAAUCAUAUUCACCUGCGGGCGCUAGCCUGAAUGCUUCGGGAAAAGUCAAUUACGAAUCACCUGUUGGUCCCGGUGGUAGCAAUGCUGGUUGUAUUGUUGAUCCCACAAAAACGUGCGCCACCGAAUCAUACGUGCCAAGUGCACCAAUUUCCCAGAAUGCAAUGAGUUAUGGUAAACGCGGGUGUCUUGAGGAGGCAAAUAGAUCUUGUAACGCGCUACGACCCUCAGCCCAACAAAAUAUGGUACCACCCCAACAAUCUUAUCCACAAAGUCCGGGCCAAAUGCAAGUACAACAACAAUCGUAUAAUUUACAAGCAAUGUCUAUGCAACCAUCGUAUCAACAACAAAUGCCACCAAUGCAACCAAUGCCCCCGAUGCAACCAAUGCAACAAACGCCACCAAUGCAACCGAUGCAACAAAUGCCCCCAAUGCAACAAACGCCACCAAUGCAACAAAUGCAACAAAUGCAACCAAUGCCACCAAUGCACCCGAUGCAACAAAUGCCACCAAUGCAACAAAUGCCACCAAUGCAACCAAUGCAACAAAUGUCCGCUAUGCCUGACCCUAACUUGUAUUGUACAUGCACUGGGGUUAAAUGCGUUAAGUCUGCUUGUGAAAUGAAGAAACGAGCUCUCAUGGGCCAGCAGCAAGCACAACCAUCACCAUAUCAACAACAACAAGCACCACAAUCUCCAUAUCUUGCCGGUAUGGCCCAGCAACCCAUUGUAGCCGGCGGGCAAAUGCAAUAUUCAGCAGUGCCUACUCCUCAAGUCGGAUCAACAAUGGGUCAACCACUUCCAGGACAAGUGCCCGGUCAAAGACCAAAUGUUAUUCCACCAAAUCCCGAGUUAUUGACGAAUGAAGAACUCAAAGGCAUACUCAAGGGAGCACCACCUUCCAAAUGCAAGUGUGUGGGGCCUUGCAAUCCACAAUGCGAUCGUAUUAAAGAGCUGAGGAAAGAAAUUAUGGCUUCCGGCAUGAGUGGAACUAAUUCUGUCGUGGGGUCAAAUGCACAUCCCAAAGAUUCAGGAACACAGAUUGAUCCUAGACUGAAAUCCAAUUGCACAUGUUCCACUGUUGAAUGCAAGAGACGCGAUCAUAACUAAAAUGGGAAAUGGAAUAAAAAUGGCCGCAUCUAAAGAUGAGUCUGAGGAUAGCUCGUCGAUAUCGAGUAAUCAAAGUGAUUACUCUAGAAUUCUUAAAUGCUUAAAUUACGAAAACGAAACUGUUGCGACUAGUACAACCACAUUGAAAAUUUUCACAAACAACAUGAAUGAUAUAACUGCUCUGCAACCAUAUAUUAAAUUCGAUAUUGUAAAAAGCAUUUUUACACCAUUGAGAGAUUUAUACAGCACAACCUAUGGGAAAACCAAUAAUUUCAUGAAACUUUGCUGGUAUCCAACAUCUAUGUUAUCUUUUCAAUUGCCGGCAAAUGAAGUGCUGUGCUAUGUUGUUGAAGACAACAGCACACAACCGAGAAAGAAGUGUUUUUGCAAGCGGAAAACAAGCGAUCAAAAAUGCACUUUUCAUAAAAAGUCUGAAGACUUUGACAAACCAUUGCCGCAGACCUCAACUAUUCCCAAAUGUCCAUGCGUAGAUAAUUUGGAAAUACAACCACAACAUUUCUCUAAGAAACUUGCGCCAACAAAGUCAUUGCUUGAACUUGCCAUUCAAACAACGCAGGAAAAGUGUACAGAAAAAGAUGGCAUACUUGCAAUGAUGACUAACGAAUUAGCCAAGCAAUCUAAUGCUGGUAUAUUCGAGACAAUGGUACAGGAAAUUGCUCUAUGUGAUACUGAUGCACCAGAUUACAGUAUACAACUGUUGGAGCAGGAACAUGCUGCAUUGAAUAGCUGCGGAUGUGAUACUGCGGGUAGCGCUGCGAAUGAUUGUUUCUGCAAUGAGUCUUCGGAACCACUGAAAAUUAUCAAAUUGCAAAACUAACGCCGACUACUUGUCUGGUGAAGUGGAUUCGAGCUGCCAGCCCUGAGGUGACUGCGUAUGAGAUUUAUUUGAAUGGAAACCUGGUUUAUGUGACUUCUGGAGAUAAGGAACACGCCGUGGUUUCAAUUGAUGCCACUUUGGUGGAUAUACAGAUAAAUCUGUUUGCUAGCACCAAGGAGGGCAGAUGUUAUCCGGAGGCGAUUGCAUUAACUUCUUAAACAUUAAUAUUUACCACAUUAUUUUAUUAAAGGAUUAAAAUUUUUACAGCAGA